UGACAUUGACAAAGACAUUUAAAAAUCGUAUUAUUGGAGCGGUGGGUGUUACAAUAACUUGAAUAAAUAUAUGGUUAAAUACGUAUGAAAAUGGUUAUUUACGGAGUUUAUAUUGUAAGCAAAUCCGGUGGACUGAUAUACAACUAUGAUCACAACAUUCCGAAAGUAGAAACUGAAAAAACAUUUGGAUACCCAUUGGACAUUAAAUUAGAAUACGAAAAUAAGAAAGUUGUUGUUGUUUUCGGUCAGAGAGACGGCAUUAAUGUUAGUCAUGUGUUGCUGACUGUUAAUGGAUCUCCAGUGACUGGCCGGACCACGGAAGACGGUAGAGAUGUUUUUGAAGUUAUAGAACAAAAAGAAAACUAUCCCCUUAGUCUUAAAUUUGGACGACCCAGAGCUACGACGAACGAGAAGAUCGUGCUGGCCAGUAUGUUCUAUCCACUGUUUGCUCUGGCCAGUCAGCUGAGUCCUGUUCCUAAGUCUUCAGGAAUUGAGACUCUGACAGCUGACACAUUCAAACUGUCCUGUUUUCAAACACUAACAGGAGUGAAGUUCAUUGUGGUCACGGAUCCUAACAUGCAGGGUGCGGACAUAGUUCUUAAGAGAAUUUAUGAGCUGUACUCAGACUAUGCUCUCAAGAACCCCUUCUACUCCCUGGAGAUGCCUAUCCGGUGUGAAUUGUUUGACACCUCUCUUCAUACUUUGUUGGAACUGGUGGAGAAAUCUGGAACAUCUAAUUUAUAAGUGUCUUUGUAUGCAUUAGAUUUUGUUAUUUAUAAUAUAAAGUAUGGAAAUGUAUGUUUGCGAAUGUUGUUCGUGAGAUAUUUAUGUAAAAAGUAAUAAAGAUACUCGGUUACUUGAAAAGUAUGACCUUGUUUUGUUGUAAUUGGUGUCACGUACUUGUUGUACCUAUUGGUAGCUUCUUAGUUGGCAACACAGUCAUUCAAUAUUUUGAUAUAUUUGUGUGUACUUGACAAUUAUGAAAAAAAAAUCUGAUUAAUGCUUUUCUAGAAAUGUAACAAGCAAAAAUCUCCAAUAAUCUUUGCUUGGACAUUACAUUAUUAUAUAACAGAGAUUAUUAUAGCACAUAUUGUAAAGGUCUCUUAUUAACUAAAAUAUUUGUAUGUAAAAUAUGUAAAGAAAUGUUGUAAAAUAAAAACACCGAAAUAAAUUUAAGAUAAAAAACUUUAUUGAUAUAUCAUUAUUAAAUAACAAGUGGCCGGAGCCUGCUCUACUCGCUAUCAGAUAACGCCCUUUGUACUUCGACACUACACACAAUACUCGGUUGGUUCAGAAGAGACCGGGACCAAGAGGAAAUUGAAAUCAGAGAGGAAGUUUGAAGAAUGUUUGAUUGGAAAAAAGAAUAGUGUCAGGGUUUCAUCUGGUCCGUAGUGUGGCAUGUAAUAUUACAUGAUGCAUGUGUCCAAAGAGAGCGAACGAGCAGUGGCGGGAACAUUAAGUCAGUACGGGCACUGUAAUGUUGUCGGGGACAUUUCCGACGAGUGGUUCGAGUCCAGCACGUGACGGUCGGUCCAGGUCGGUACAAAAAUAUAACGACUCCGCGUCUACCUCUCAUACUUAAGUCCUAAUAAUAAUUCUAAGUCGGAGCGGGCCGGGGCGACGGCCUCUAUAAUGAAUCCCUUAAAUUAACGUUAACAUAAUAUAUUAUAGUGACGUCACACGACAACGUGUUACGUCACAGACCCCAACCUCUCACCUUCGAGCGAUCCACACAACGUGUCGGCUGGAGAGUCGCCAGCGACAGUUUUGUCGUCGGAUGCCUAUCUUAUACAACUAGCCACACGAGGCGCCGCCGGCCGCCCCCUUACAGACUAUGUUCAUUACAUUGAGUCGCUUGUCAUCUGUCCUCGUGUUUGUGUUUUGACGGCGCAGGUCCGGGAGUGUCCAUCGUCGAGUCAUCACGUUGAACGUUCAACAUCAUGGACUUAACUUCUGACACGACCUUCCGUAUUGUGUUGUGAGCAAUUCAGUGGGUAAUUCUGACAUUUUACGUUAAUAUUGCACUAUUUUAUGGCACUCUGCAUUGCACAAAG